UUAUGCGCACGCGUCAGUCGAGUUACGGUGCAAAAUACAACAGAACCACGUGAGCACUGUAUACCUGAAAUACUUAUUCUUAGGCCUGAUUCAGAAAAGGUCCUCAGGUCUGCUGGAUUUACUUAUUGUUAGUGCUCGCUCAUGCUCAAUCGCCUCAAUCAGUUCUCCUAACUUGAAACGGACUGAUUUACUGAUUAGAGUAAACUGCAGUACACCUCUUGUUUGUACUUCAUACAUAUCUGUAAAUACUAAGCACAAACAUUUAACACAAUCCUAACAUGAUAUAAGGCAGCAAAUAUGAAAAGUCAUGCUUGUGCCAUUAUUACUAAUGGUUAUCAUACCGACAUUGCAUUGAAAAUUUACAGUAAUCGUGUUCUAUUAAUCAUAACACAUUAUAAAAAAUUUGGAUCGUUAAUAGCCAUAAAUCGUGGAUCUCUAUUAAACCAACCUACUAAUAGUAUAUAUUCUACAAAGGUAUUAUUCGGUAAAGAUGAUGUUGAAAUUGUAGCAGCUGCCCGAUUCAUAGCAGAAGAAAUUAAUGUAGAUAAACCAUUGUUGGUUUCAAUAUCUUUAAAAGAUUAUAAUCCAGACACUUUGAGAACUGUUGCUGCCGCUAUAAAAGAUAUGAGAGCAUUUUAAUUACAGAAAUAAGAUACAAAUAUGAGUUUAAUAUUCGCCCAAUUAGUUAUUGGUCCACCUGGAAGUGGAAAGACCACAUAUUGCAAUGCGAUGGCUACAUUUUUAGAAGGACUUGGUAGGAAAGUGGCUGUCAUCAAUAUUGAUCCUGCAAAUGAAAAUAUGGAAUACAAACCAGCGGUAAAUAUAUCAGAAUUAAUCAAACACGAAGAAGUGAUGACACAGUUUAGACUUGGUCCAAAUGGAGCACUUGUUUACUGUAUGGAAUUUUUAGAAGCUAAUGUAAAAUGGUUGAUUGGAAAAGUCUUAAACUUGAAAGAUCAUUAUCUCAUAUUUGAUUGUCCUGGACAGGUCGAAUUGUACACACAUCAUAACUCAAUUAGUGCAAUUGCUGAAAAGUUGGAGCAAAAUUUAGUUAGAUUAUGCUGCGUGCAUCUUAUUGAUUCUCACCAUUGCAGCGACCCUAUAGGCAAAUAUUUAUCCGCGGUCAUUCUUUGUACAACAACCAUGUUAAAAUUAAGUCAACCUCACGUGAAUGUGAUGACCAAGUUUGAUGAAGUGAAAAAGUUUAGUCACCGCUUGGAUUUCAAUAUAGACUUUUAUACAGAAGUGCUAGACCUGGGAUAUUUAUUAGAUAAACUGGAUACAGACUCAUUUACGUCAAAAUAUAAAAAGUUAAACGAAAGCUUCGUGUCGUUGAUAGAAGAUUACAGUCUCGUCAGCUUUAUACCAUUAGAUGUCUCUAAUCAAGAAAUGCUGUUACGAGUAAAAAACGCAGUGGAUACAGCUAAUGGAUACAUUUUUGGUGGGAAUGAACCUCAAGACGUUCAAACUCUACUUGCUUGUGCUGUAGGGGCUCAAAGUGAAACUGAUAGGACGUCCACAAUAGAUUCAUACUUGUGAAGUAUUUAUUUUGUAAAAAAUAAUAUUAUUUCUUUCCACAUCAAUGAUUCUCAAUACAUUAAGAAACGUACAAUAUACAUUUUUUUUAUAAGGUA